UACGACGAUAUGCAAGUGGUCCUGAAAAAUAUAGAUUUACUGAAGAUAUUAUUGUACUUGGCACGAAGCCAACAAAUAAAUACAAUACAUAUGGUGUAUGUAAAGCUUGUGAUAAUGCACUUGGAUCUCAAGAGGCAGUAGAUACAUAUUGCAACAAGACUGAUAAUGAAGAAGAACUUACUUCUCAAAUUGCAAAAAGGUGCCAAAACACAGACAUGUCUAAUGAUGAUAACACAAGUGAUAUGACCAGUAGUACUACAACUUCUACUGUAUCUAACCGUAAUAGCAAUAAAUCUUCAACAUCUUCUUCCCGUGAACAAAAACUAAAAAAUUAUAAUAUUGGAGUUACUUUAGCGUUUGAUGGAUGGAAAAAUAUUUUAAAACAACACAUAUUCAGUUCCUUAUUUAUCUUAUCAACUAGAGAAACUUUAAUUUGGAAAGCAAUCGACAUAAGCUCAGAGAGAGAACGUAUGAUUGAAAUUAUUCCCAAAAUUGAAUCUAUGAUUAAUGAAGCAUCAGAUAUAGGUACUAACUUAUCUACUAUCGUUUCUGAUAGUGCUUCAGCAUAUUUUGGUACUAG